AUGACUAGAUCCGCGGAGGAACUUGAUUUUUUCGGUAUGGAGAAAGAAGCUACUGCUACUAAACUUGUUGAAAGAAGAAGAAGCUUUCGAGAUAUCCAAACCAUGAUUUCGAAGAUCAAUCCUGAGGUUCUGAAGAAUGUUAUUGCUUCUCGCUCUGCAGAGAAGAAAAAUAUUUAUCCAAUAGCUCCGUCGUCUGAGGGCUCCUUUUCACUUUCAACGUCGUCGUUGCCUCUUCUUGCUAAUUGCAACAUAGAAAACGAUCCUGAAAAUUCUCCUUUAACUAUAUUCUAUAAUGGUAUUGUUGCUGUUUUUGACGUUAGUAAAGACAAGGCGGAGAAUAUUCUUAGACUUGCACAAGGAGGCAAUCAACAGUUAUUAUUGAAGACUUCACAAGUAGAUGGAGAUCUACCCAUAACAAGAAAGAAGUCACUGGAAAGGUUCUUUGAGAAGCGAAAAGAGAGGAUGACUAUGGUCUCACCUUAUGGUUUCAAUGAAUUGUCAAGCAACAAAUUAGCUGCAAAUCAGAACUAG